AUGGUUUCGCGAUCAUCAGCUGUAAGCUUCGAGAAGGAGCUUUCGGGGAAACUCGCCGCCGAAUCCACUGAUUCCCAUGGGCACGGCAGUGAUGAGAAAGCUCUUCACCCUCACGGUCAAGUUGCCGGCAUUGUGGACGAUGGUAGUGAUCGACCAGACGUGGGAGAGUGCAUAUUGCUCUUCGGGGUGGUACACAGAGGCAAUAUGGGCGAAAGGGCUCAGACGGCGUCCAUGGAACACCUCCUUGCUUCUGUCGCGCCACCAAGCCAAUGUUUUUGGCACUCCCUACUUUGGGACGAGAAUCGCGCUGUGCAAGGGCAAUCCACGGCGAAACUUUACGAUGACGACAACUCGCAUUCGAUUCCCUUCACGGCUGACUACUUGGACGAGUUGAACAAGUUCAAGGCCCUUGUGGUCGGGGAUGGCGGAAUCUUCAACGCCAAGCUCAGGCACGCUCCUGCGGAGGUCAACACACUCUUGGAACGUCUAACGUUACCGAUCGUCAUGAUGAGCGCUUCCAGCUCCAAGGCGAAGCCACGGAGCGAUGUACUUCUCCACACGGCCGUGUUUGAGCCCGGAAGGGAUGCGGUCUCGAGGCGGGUCCUGUCCAGCAUGCUGCGGCGCGGGGAGGCACUCGUACGGCCAGGCGAUAUCGCCGUAGUCAGGGGCCCGGUCCUGAGUGACGAGACGUUGACCGACACGGAGGGCACGUGCUGGAAACAGAGCGAAGGUGAGCACCAGCAGCCGCUUUGCUUCAUCCUACCAGCUUCGAUCACGCAGACCAAUGUGGAGAUGCAUCAACAGCUACUGGGCCAUGUGGUAAGACGGGGGGACGUUUUCAUCAACGUGUUUCAGGAACACCAGAGAGCGAUCGAGGAGCACGACUACCCCGGCGAAAUCCUGCAAAUCCUCGACCCGACGGAAUUCAUGGGACGUUUGUGCUCCUGCCGUGCGAUCGUCUCGACCCGACUUGAUGGGGCUCUCCUUGGCCUCCAUAUGGGGGUUCCCACCUUCGGCGCCUUUGGGAGCAAGGUCCGCAACGACGAGGUUCGCGAACUCAUGGUCGACAUCAUGCACCUGCCCGAACACUAUAUCGCCAUCGACGAGACACUCACUCGGGAGGCCGUGGAUCUGCAGGUGGAGACCGUGCGGAGGGCCUACGCCGAUCAAAACCGUCGCGCUUUGAUUCACGCUCGACUGUCGGCGUUUUCGGAAGACUUUCGGCGCCAGGCCCGCGACGCGCUCUUCGACAUUGUUGGCGUGCAGGAGCAGGAGCAACAGGAAAACGACAAUCAAGACGCCAAACGGCAAACCCAAAAGGCCUUGGCCACGGCAACUGGGAUAUCGAUCAAGGCGGCGAAGACAUCAUCGGUACCACGAGCGGCGGAGCGUCUCGUUAUCUUGAGCAUGCUGCCGUCAGCUGAUGAGACCGACGAGAGUACGAGGCUUGGCGUGGUACCUGAGAACAGCCCGACAGUUGAUACCGCAGUGAAACCAGGUGUUCUUUCACUGGCAGCCGUUUCUCGCUCGAAGACACAUGCAUCGAAGCGAGUCUUGUACUCUGUCGCACGACCAACAAUUCGAGAGGAAAUGGAGGUUUCGGAGAGUCAAGUACUGAUAUCACACCAUCGUGGACGCGCUGAACCACCGUCGGUUGGCCCCGGGACUAUAGUCUCCGACACGCUAUCUGGUAAGAGUGAAGAAUCCGCGGAUCACGAUCUCGUACGUGAAGCAGGGCUGCCGAUUUCGACCUCGGGGGCUGCAUCCGGGCUAGGAGUGCUCACUGCUACCGGCGAAAGUGUGUCAAUGCCGAUGCCGACGAUCAGCAGAUUGUCAGUGGCCGAGGCCACGGGAGGAACCUCGUCGGUCAAGCUGUUCAAAGAUGACUACGUCGCUGUGAUGCUGUUCAUCUUACUUAUUGUAGGGUUAGCCUUGCUACCACCAAGACGUCUUCCUGGACGGCAAUGUCACGGCAAGCUCGUGGCAGCAACAACAGCAGGUUUUGUUGGGCAGGACAGCAUCGACAUGGAACUCGGCUCGUGCACCAGCAGUGAUUCCGAACUGAGCGUCGUAUCUGAGUGGACACUGCCGAGCCCAGUGAGGUCGACUACUGUUGCUAAUAGUGUUGACGCCACGUCUUCCGUGAUCUUCCUCGUGCUCAACUUCACGAUAUGGGUGUUUCUGGCCGUGGGCUUCAGCGGGUACUGCAUGGCAUACCUUAGCCACACUCACGACCCGGUCGGGCUCCUAACUUUGCAGGGAGCGACCGGCGUUGCGAUCUUGCUAUUACUUGGACUCUUCGCCGGGCUGGACUUCAACUUCAAUCCAAGACUAGGCUUGACCCCGGCCGCAAACUGUCAGGUUGGAUGCGCGGCCGCGCGCCAGACCAGAUUGGCGGCCCUUUUGCACGCUGGGCAGACGCUGCUGGCCAACGCCGCCGUCCUCGUGGGCGGAGUUGAUGCGACGAACGCCCUGAGUGCGGCGACAGAGCCUGUCGCCGCUACGGUACUGUCAUACCUGCUGCUCGGCAAGACUUACUCCGGUCUUCGAUUGACCGCGCUCACGACGAUCGUGGCAGGCACACUUUUUCUGGUGUUCGAGCGGAAGAGUGACCAAGGCGGCGGCAGCAGCGGUAGCAGCGGUUCAAAUUCCCUGGCUGUCCUCACCAUGACGGCUGUGUGUUUCAGCGCCCUGCGAAACGUUGCUAUCAAGGGUAGCCCAGUUCCUCCUCCCCACCAGACUCUCCUCGCCUGCAGUGUAGCUGCGACGGUCGUCGGUGUCGGACUCAUGCUGGUAAGGAUAAUAUGCAGGAGAAUGGACUUUCUACAGAGGACAGGUCCAGGUCCAGACAGUGCGUUGAGAAUAAUCGAGAGUGGUGGUGGUGACGGAAUCAGCAACAACCACGAGUUCUCCACUAGCUGGCUGCGAAUGGACGGCGUGAACGCCGCGCUCUGCGUCGUCGGUUGUAACCUGGCCUCGUUCAACCUUCUGGCCCGCCUCAGCCUUAUCGACCAUGCCAUAGGCAGCUCCUGCAAGCGAAUGCUCGUGUUCGCGGGCGAGCUGUUUGUCCUUGGUAAGGUGAUGAGCGUCUCGCAGCUGGGCGGCACAGUGGUGACCUUUUUCGGAGUGCUGGCGUUCAACAUCGCGGGCAUCGGCGAAAACCGAUUUACCCGUGGAUGCAAAUCGUGUGUGGGGGAAUAG